AUGGACAAUAAACCCGUUUCCAGCACCGAGGCCACCGCCGGGCCUCUAGACAUGGAGCAUAUCGCGCAGGAUAUACAAAUACUGCCCGAAGCCACACUAGACCAGAUCACCAAGGGUCCUUUGGUCAAAUUUACCCUUACAUGUGAUAAUGUUGAGAAAACGCAGAAGGUGUUUAGCUCUUUACUGCAGACAUUCUGUUCAGCGUCCAUUUCUCAUGGCCAUACUACGGCCGCAUGCAAUGCCUUGAGCUCAUUCCUUAACACAGCAUUUGUCUCGAAAUGUCACGAGACUCGCCAAAUAGCUCGUUCUCGGGAGACUCUGGUUUCUGUGUUUGAGGGUUUCUUGUCUCGCUUCAAAGACGUAAAGCCCAAGCCCAUGAAGCUAGUCCUGGAGUCACUAGCAGUGAUUAUCGGCAAGUCCCGUAACGAGCCUGGAUUUGAUGCAAUUCGGGGGGAGUUCGUCGACGCUGUCCUGCCCAGCAUUCUAUACGGCGAGCCUCGAUCCAGAGUCAAAGCGUCCAUCAUUGCGCUAGAGACAUUACUGCAUAAAAAGGCUAUUCUAUCGACUGAGCUGAUUACACUGGUAGAGUCCUGGCUCCUGCGAAAUCCGGAGAGAUGGCCAACUGUGCUGCAAGAAGAAUGUCGGGUAACCUCAAUAGAAAUUCCUCGAUUUCUACAGCAGUCGCUCGAGCAAGCAGCCGUGGAUGUCCAGUCCAGAGAAGCAGCUGUCCAGAUUCUUCUCCUGGGGCUCUUGAACCGUGCAAAGGCUUUUGAUCUGGCAGCAUCAUGUGGAGAAGUAAUGACAACUUUCUUCCGGAAGCUGGAGCCGUUUGAUUCUUCCUUGUCAACCGAAGAGAAGGAGAGGCUUGCUUUUCUCUGGGUUAAGCCGAUCAAACACUUCUUAUUGCAGAACCUUGAGAUCUUAGAGAAACUGACUAAUUAUAUCCUCUUACGUCUGUUUGGGAUCAGUGCCAGCGGUUUCCGGUACUUUUUAGGGACACUGCCGUUGGAAAGCCUGCUAGCUGGUGAUAUGAGUAAUUUUUCUUCGGAUGAACUGACCCUGCUGUUCUCAUCUUUGCAGCUGGGAAAGAAGAUUGGGCUGGUCCACGAAGAUCAUUACUUCACGAAGUUCGAGACAAAUGCCGAAAAGCCACUGGUUUUGAAAAGUGAACUCAUUGGUCAAUUCCUCUUCCACCAUGACUUCAACAUCAAGAUGGCGGCACUCUCUUUACUGAUAGCUGCUCCAUCAACCACGAAACCGCUGUCCUCAGCUGCUAUUAGGGUUAUCAUUAAAAGUCUGCCAUCACUUCACGCAGAAUCGGACCCCUGUACUAGGGGAGAGAUAUUGAGCAUGGUCCGUGGAUUGAUCGUCCGCUUGAAGGGCGGCAUUCUUGCCAACAUCGACAAUCCAGUUGAACCUCGAACAACGUUGAGCAAAAAGCAACCGAUUGUUUACAUCAGAGAUGAUGCCGAGACUCGGUCAUGUCUGCAAAACUACGUGAACUUUUUAAUGGCAGAUUUGCGAACCACAGCUUCUUACCAUCGGCAUAUCAUGGCAGUCAAAACACUGCAGCUUGUCCUGGAAUCGGGUCUUGAUGAGCGCUACAUCAGUGCGGCGUCUAACAAGCCAGAGCAGCGUCAGAUUAGGUGGAAGUUUCACGUGGAAAUCUUUGGCCCUAAGCUCCUGAGGUUACUGGUGGACCUCUUGAUGGACCCCUACGAUGAAGUGCGAACAGCAGCUCUUAACAUCUUGAAACUUUUCCCAAGAUCAGUGCUUCUUGAUACCGCUGGGCAUAAUAAUGGCGAUCCCGAGUUAUUAUCUGCGUUGACUAAAGCGGAGUUACUGGCGAGCAACACUAGUAGAGCUGAUCAUGCCGACACUGUUGCUCUGUUAUAUCAUUUAAUCUUCGUCACAGCGGAUGCGAAAGACUCCAAAGAUACAAAGUGGUGGGAUACCAAGCAGGGUGUUGUCGAAUUGAUUCUGGGAAAGCUCGAGGGGAAACUGUCUUCUUCAGAAGGGCUCUUCAAUUCGUCUCUGCGUGAUGCGCCUCUCCACGGCUAUCUUUCGGCCUUACGGUACAUUAUUUCCUCGGCGGACUUUCACACCUUGGUGUCCAGUGAAGGCUCUUAUAGCCCUGAGAACUGGAGGUCCAUCCAUACGCGGAUAUCAUCGAUCUGUAACAGGAUUUGGGAGGAAGUAAAGCCUCAGCUAUGCAUUGAUUCCCCAGAAGGCCAUGCCGCCGAACCUAUUGAAGACCUCAAAGUUGGACCCAAGGACAUUCUCUCUUAUUCGUGGCGUGCGUUGCGAGAGUCCAGUCUCCUUGUCCAUGCUACGUUAUCCAACACGACCUACGGUCCGCAAGGGGAAACUGGCCUGACAAGAAGCGACUACGAGGAGAUUGGGAAGAGCAGUUUUACUCAACUCGCAGAGCUUCGUCACAGAGGAGCUUUCUCAACGGUUGCCCAGACAUUCGCAACAUGCUGCCAGCGAUGCGGUCAAUCAAGCAACCCCGAGAUCUCCGCACUCCCCGAACUUUGGUAUCAGGAAGCCAAAAAGAUCAUUUUCGAGAAGGCGUCCAAACUUACGCGUCGCUCUGCCGGGCUGCCAGCUUUGGUUGGGGGAAUUCUGUUGUCAAACCCUGGUGGCCCGUUGUUUCAGCAGGUUCUGCGCGAGCUUCAAGACGUAGCGCACAUUCCGGCUCAACUUGAGGCAGAAAACCAGACGGUUGAGCUGCCCCAAGUUCAUGCGAUGAACUGCCUCCGAGAGGUAUUUACCAAUGCCAGGCUUGGACCUCAUACUGAAGGUUUCCUUAUGCCUGCACUGAACCUCUCGGCGGAGUGUAUGGGAUCACCGAUAUGGGCACUUCGAAACUCUGGUCUGAUGCUAUUCCGCGCUUUGAUGAACCGCAUGUGUCGUACUGAUUACCAGGGAUUCGGAGGUCAAUCCGGGUCAGAGCCAGGAGCGCGGAUCUCGUUCCAAAAGUAUCCUGGUCUUGUGCAGCUACUUUCCAACCUUCUUGCCGCACCACAAAGAGCAGAUGGUGCUGAGCAAGCUGAUAGCGCUAUGGUCACCGAGCGAGUUUUCCCAGCCUUGGAACUGAUUGCUGAGAAGAUCCCCAACGCUGCGGACACAGAUGAUGCUAUGCUACUUGGCCUGAUCCGCCAGCAUCUCAAGAGCCCUGUCUGGGGUAUCCGUGAACACGCAGCCCGAGUUUACGCUUCAUUGUUGGAUCGAUCAAAUAUAUUACAAGAUAUCCAGGCGCUACUCAGUGCGCGGGAUGCUGAGACCGAAAACUACCUACAUGGAGAGUCGCUGUGUAUUCGGUAUUCGCUCCGCCGGCUGGCAUUUACCCCUUCAGCUCUCUGGAACGAGCGCCUCGGCGAUGUCAAGUCGGCGAUCAAGACUAUUUUUGCCGCGUCUUACCACCUGGCAAGGUCCCCCUUCACUCAAACAACCCUGUUGGAGAUGCUGAGCGAUGCUGUUGAGAGGAGUGUGGAGUCGGGCGCUGAACGUGAAACCGUGGACCUGUUGGACUUUAUCUUCGACACGUAUCAGGUUCCUGAUACCGUAGAUUUCGUGUUCGAUUCCAGCAACCCCUCUUUUACAACCUUAAGCACAACUCGCGCGUUCUCCCUCCUCCGCAGAGAACUCGCUUGGGUCGCAGUUCUCAAAUCACUCACAAGCGGUGACACCAAGAACCUCGAGGAAUUCGUGGAUAAAGUGGCCACUCUCGACCCCAACGCUUGCCAAUGGUUAUUGGAAAGGCUGCACGAGGUAUAUGGAGCCAAGGAGAAAUAUACCCAGGUUCUGGCCAAGCUCUACAGCUCGAUCAUCGUUGGAAAUCUUCCCUUGGAAGUCAAGAUCCCUGUCAUCUCGAAUCUUGCGUCGUAUCUUCAGGCUGCGCUCGAGUCGAAGAACGCAGCAUUGUCAUUUACACUGCCCUUGGGCGACCUGGCCCCGCACGUCAAGAUUGGUUCAGCCAGCAAAGGGUUCAACAGAGACAGGGCGGAUUCUGAUCUGCAGUUGGAGGGCUGCCUCAUCGGCCUAAAAUCUAUCUCACAGGCCAACGGGGUUCCGGAAAGCGAAGUCAAGGAAUGGGCAACAAGGCUUAGGUUCGCGUUGGCUGAAGAAACUGAAUUUACCACCCGCUACGCCGCAGCGACAUCUAUCGCCGCGUUCGCUCAAGCAUAUCGUCCAUCAGGGCAGCCGCCACGAGUCGACCCAAGUUAUCUAGAGAUAUAUCUCAUUUUAUACGACUUGCUCAACGAUGACGACGAGGAACUGCGCGACAUCGCCGCGGCAACGGCCUCCUAUGUCCUCUCCUACUCCUCCGUCUCCCCUCAAAAGGCAGUCGCUUUGUCUCCAAUGAACGCAAGCGAGGUCUUCGCCACAUUCAUUGUAGACAAUUAUUCCAAUUCAACGUUGCUGUUCACUAGGGCUACGCGGUAUAUCCUCGGUCUGGAACCCAGAGUCGGCGAUUCAAACAGCGAGAAACCUCUCUUGCCCGUAUCAUAUGUUACAUCUGAGAUUAGGAAGGAGAGCACGAUUCUCUUUGAGGAGGAAAAGCAGAAUCUGUUCAUUGAGCCCAUUCGCGAGAUUGAUUUGUGGUCUGACUAUGUCCUGACGCGGUUGGGCAAGGCUGCGUUUGAGGAGGAGCUGCUCAAGGAUGUCUACCGCUGGAUCUCUGAUGGUCUGUCUUGUCUUUCGGAUAUCCUUGCUCGUUCUGACGGUGAGGAUGGACUUGUUGGUUGGAUGGCGAAGCCUGAGGCUUAUACCCUUGGCGUGAGGGUUAUUAGUCUUGCGGGUGUUUUGGUUUCGAGUGAGCUCAACGCUCUUGAGUUGUUGGGUACUCAGGAGCAGGGUCUUCUUAAGAGCAAGCUGGAAGGUUUGCUAGAGACUGGGAAGACUGGGUUGCUUCAUGUUGAUCUUUUGGAGAGGAUUGGGGUGGCUCUUUCUGGGGCUCAGAUGGAUUGA